AUGUCAUUUAAAGGAAAGGCCACUAUCAUUACUGGUGCAAACAAGAAUUUGGGCAAAAAGACAGCAAUCGCAUUUGCACAAGAGGGCAGCGAUUUACUUCUUCAUUGCCAUAGUGCCAAAUCGAAAACCGAGUGCGAGCAACUCGCCGACGAAUUAACAAAGAGAUAUGGAAUUAGGAGUACCGUUUAUCAGGGCGAUUUAACAGAAGAGAAAGCCAACAAGGAGUUAUUCGCACAGGCAAUUCAGAAGUUUGGUAAAGUUGACUAUGCCAUAAACAACGUUGGAAUGGUUUUGAGAAAGCCACUAGCAGAGACCAGCUUGGAUGAAUACAACACUAUGUUCAACAUCAAUACGAAAGCUGCUUUUCUCUUCUUGAGGGAGUCCGCCAACAAGUUGGCCGAUAAUGGAUCUGUGGUGAUGCUCACUACAUCUUUGCUUGCUGCCUACUGUGAUGGAUACUCAUUGUACCAGGCUGCGAAGGGCUCGGUUGAAUAUAUGUGCAAGGCCUUAUCAAAAGAGACUAAAAGAAGAAUUUCGUUCAAUUGUGUUUCCCCAGGCCCGAUGGACACACCAUUUUUGUAUGGCCAGGAAAAUGACCAAAGAGUUGCAUUCUUCAAGACUCAGGCUGCUGCCGGAAGAUUGACCGAGGUCGAAGAUAUUGUUCCUAUCAUCAAGUUUGUUGUUAAGGACGGUCAUUGGAUGACAGGUCAAAACUUGUUUGCAUCCAACGGCUUUACUGCCCGUUAA